UUCCUGGACUGUUGGGAUACGCAGCGGAGGCCGGAGCCACUGACCAGCUCCUCCUGGUUUAAUGCCUCCAAACGGGCGACGGCUUCCUAAAAUGAGACUCUGGGGACUUCUGCCUUUCCUGGUCCCCUUCAUCUUCCUGUGGAGUAGCCAGGAAGCUGAGCUGGCAGAGGGGCUCUUUAUCAGAACAUGUCCAAGAGUCAGAGUGAAGUGUGAGGUUGAAGAAAGAAAUGAGUGCACGAGGCACCGGCAGUGUCCGAACAAGAAGAGAUGCUGCCUGUUCAGCUGCGGGAAGAAAUGCAUGGACCUCAAUCAAGAUGUAUGCAGUCUGCCACAGGAUCCUGGUCCCUGCUUGGCUUACAUUCCACGCUGGUGGUAUGAUGAAGAAACUGACCUCUGUACCCAAUUCAUCUAUGGUGGUUGCCAAGGGAACCCUAACAACUUCCAAUCUGAAGGAAUCUGCACAGUUGUCUGCAGAAAGAAACAUUUGUCUUCCUGGGUAAGAUAAGGAUGAGCUGGAAGAAGCUCCAAGUGUUGGCUCCUAAUCUGAGGCUUUCUUCCCGUGAGCCCAACACAUGCUCUGGAUUGGCUGCCACUGAGACUUUGGCUGUUCCCAAACCAGAAGCCCAGAAUUCACUUAUUUCCUCCCCCCAACUCCAGAGUCUCUUCAAAUGUCAUGACCUUCAACUUUUGACCCCUUCUCAGUCUGGGACCCUAUCACCUCAACUUUCAGGGUUCAAAUGUUUUCCUACGAAGACGAUAGUUUCUCUUAAUAAAGGAUCCUGUGAAUUCUGA